AUGCCGCCAAACGAAGCACAAACCAAAAAGACCCAGAAGCGGAUCCACGAGCAGCCCCUGGUCCAAACGCCCAACCGGAUUCGGACGUUCAUGAGUCCGCCUCUCUACCCAUACUCACCCUCGGCGGCGACGCCUCUGGCGGUGGCCGACCGCCAUCCGAGUUCGAGUCGCGUCCGUCGACCUCCCGACUUCAGUGAUUCUUGUUGUGGUAGCAGAUCGAGGACGAGACGGCUCCACCAGAUCCAGAAGACGGAAGUAAAGAAGAGAAGCGAACCAAAGCAAGCAAGCUUCAAGAACAAGGUACUGGAUCAACAACUCCUAGCUGAUUCGAUUCUUGAGUUUGUUCUGAUCCGAUCUUCCCUUCCUAUUCAGCGCUGCCCUAUUCGAUUCCAUUUCGUGUUCCUCUGUGCUGCUGCAGGGGAGGGGGAGGAGGAGGAGGCCACGGGGCUGCCGUCCGACGUGCCGCGCGGCCACUUCGCGGUGUACGUGGGCGAGCGGCGGCGCCGGUUCGUGGUGCCCAUCGCGCUGCUGGACCGCACCGAGUUCCGGUCCCUGCUGCGGCGCGCCGAGGAGGAGUUCGGGUUCACGGGCGCCGCCGGCGGCGGCGGCCUCGUCCUCCCCUGCGAGGAUGUCGCCUUCCGCUCCCUCACCUUCGUGCUCGCCUGCACCCGGUGAACGCGCACCCGUUUCCAGGGGAGGGGAGGAGGAGGAGGCCACGGGGCUGCCGUCCGACGUGCCGCGCGGCCACUUCGCAGUGUACGUGG